GGUAAUGAUUAACCAUACGGCUCUUACUGUAGAUCCGUAUAUAAACUACAAACCUCCCAUUCCUGUUCUGAGCUAAUUUUGGCUCCAUCCAUCCAUCUUCUUCAAAAAUACAAAUACCAAGCCUACACCCACUUUUCUCUCAAAAAAAAAAAAAACCACUCAAAUCUUCUGAUUCACAGCUAUUCGAUCAAUAAUCAUCUACAUUGAGUCCGAAAAAGCAAAUCAAACUAAGAGUAUCCAAAGAAACGCUUUUUCCAAAGCAGAAGAAUAUUCAAAAGCCUAAUACAAUGGGGCAGCUUUCAACAAACGAUUCGCGAAUCAAGACGAGUUCAGCGGCUAAUCCCUUGAAAAGAAAACGCACGACAUUCCCUCAAUUCGCUCAAUUUCCCUCUGAAAUUCGAUGCAUGAUCUUCGCACAGGCAUUGCCACCUUCGCAAAUUCUGAACUUCCGCUUCUGGAUUCAUAGGAAACGUGGUGGAUUCACCGAUAUAAUCAACUUUGGAUCUGCGCUCGCAAAAUUUCCCGGUGUUUCAGCUCUUUCAGAGACUUGCAAAGCCUCAAAUGAUAUUUUAUAUCGUCAUGUUGGGCUUGAGAAGAUCGAACUGAUCCGCCCUCCAAUUCGUCAUUUUCUCGAUACAACAGAGGUUAUUCCUGAUACACUCAACUACUUGUAUCUUCGACCUUCGACUGAUGUCUUCAUGGUCAGAAUUGACAGCCUCGUCAGAUUAUAUCAACUUGGCGGCUCGAUCGGAUCUCUACGUAAUAUCAAACAGCUCGCUGUGACCGGAAUAGAUUACGAUCUUUUCGACGAUUUCGACCGUGAACAGUUAACAGUUCUAUUCGAAAAGUUCUGCAAUAUCAUCCAAAAACACUGCCCAGAACUUAAGAAACUUCAGCUAGUCAUUGGAGACACUGAAGCGGUUCCAUUCAGCACCGGGAACAAUAAUACUGAGUUGACUCGAAACAUGAGACUGAUCGAAAUGGACGAAGACUUUCAAAGUCUUGAUUUUGAAGAGGAUGACGCGAGGCUAGAAUAUUAUGAGUUAGAAGGCCUCAAGGAAGGAAUGCGUAGUACUUCUCUGUAUGCGCAUCGCGCAAUGAUGGAACUCAAAGACUAUGUAGCACAACAAGCGAUGAUGGAACUUGAGCAUUAUGCAGAACGCGAACAAAUGCUCUCGGAUAGUGCUGUGGAGGAUUACUGGAGGAAGAUUGAGGUAGUUCCAGUUACAGUGGGCUGGUUGGAAGGUGGCAAAAGACCCCAAUUAUGGUUUCCUGCACUGUCAUCUGCGCUUCCAUGCUAUGAUGAUGGAACUCCUUUCGACAGAUACCAAGGGAUGGUGGAGCUCUUUGGGGGAGCAGACUUGUAAAUCUGUCGAGCUUGAAAUCAUUUACGCUUGCGCAUGAAAACACUCUCGCCCUUUUAGUGAGAAACGUUUACUUCAAACUUA